UUUUCAAUCUUGGGCGUACGGCAUGAGAGAAACGGGACCCACCUCCGAGAUGACUCGAUUGGGUCGAAAGCUAUAUCUCAAUUUGUGACCCCUUUACGCCGUCAGCAGCAACCCCGGGGUGCGAAUGCAAGGUAUAAGGGAGGCUUUGGAAGAGCCUUUACUGAAGGAUGGUCCCAUCGCACAGGCGGUGCUCAAAACCAAGAAGGAGCACAUCGCCCCUCGACCGAACAAAGCACGGCGUUAUCGAUGCGGGAAGUUGGGCCAUUACAGCAGUACCUGCCACGUACAUGA